CUUUUGUGGGAGGGCGCCUCCACCAAGUAAAUAGUUGCACGUGGUCAGAAUACUGUUGUCAAACAUUGUAAAAGAAAAUUUAUUGCAAUGGCGAUGCUUCCUCCAGAUCCAAAAUAUCUUCUUCGUGGUGAUAUGGGUUGUAUUCAUUGUAUUCUUUUCCAAGUAACUUCUGAUGUAGAAAGUCUUUAUGCAGGUACAGCUGCUGGCAAUGUUCAUAUUUGGGAUUUAAAUACAAAUCGAGAGAUAUAUCAGAUUAAAUCAGAACAGGACUCUUGUUUAUGUUUGCAAAGUUUAAGUAACGAUAACUUAUUUAUACAACACAAAAAUGGUUUAAUAAAGGAAUAUAAAAGGACAGAAAGUCAAUGGGUCCUAAACAAAUCGAUUGACAUAGACUUUUAUCAUUAUUGCAGGUUUCAAACAUUUUCUGAAAAUGAAAUACUUGUACCACUCAAGGAAUCCACUAUUGGACUAUUAUCUUUAAAUACUUUUAAUGUAGAAUUGAAAUUAAAUUCUUCAAACUUUGAAAAACUUGGAGAAGUAAUGGUGAUUAAACCAUUGAGAAAUGAAAAAUUGGUGCUUGUUGGCUAUGAAGGAGGAAAGUUAAUACUAUGGGAUAUUCGGAACAAAAGUAGUUUAAGUUCUCUUACAAUAGAAUCCUGCCCAAUGUCAUUGGAUUUUGAUACUGUUUUGAUGAAAGGUAUUAUUGGAGGGCCCUCUGAUCAAAUACAGAUAUUUAAUUUAUCAUCUAAUCAUUCAUUGCAUGAUAAAAGCAAGAUAAUUCUAAAAAAUCCUGGCACUUCUGUGAUUACAAUAAGACCGGAUGCUAAAAUUGUAGCAGUCGGAGGAUGGGAUAGCAGAGUUAGAAUAUUUUCUUGGAAAAGUUUAAAACCACUGGCUGUUUUAAACCAACAUAAGGAUACUGUACACGAUAUUACCUUUUCUACACAAAAAAUGAAAACUUAUGAUGAUAAGUAUAUAAUGGCUACAGCUGCAAAAGAUGGAUAUAUAGCACUAUGGGAUAUUUAUAAUUAAAUUUAG